CCCUAUGUGUAUAUAUUUUUUUCUAAUACUUUGUGAGGAAAAACUGUCAACCAUAUCCAAAGUGCAGGACCAAAGAGAAGUAAAUAAUGUAUGCUUUUGUUAGAUUCUUUGAAGACGAUAUGUGCUACGCGUUGCCCGUUUCCACAGUGGAAGAUUUCAGACCUCUGCACAGGACAGAUUUUGAUAAUCAGAAGGUGUAUCUGGUUCACAGAACUGAAGAGAAUGGCAGCAGUGCAGGCCAGCCGAGCGAAGCGCAGAUCCUUGCCCUUGCAGAUACAGUAGAGGAAUUUGAAGACAGUAUAAUGCAAAAGAAGAUGAAAAUUCCCAAGAUGUCCAUCAAGAAUUCAGGAAACUCAAUUGAGAACAAUUUUGGAGAGGAGAGAAUGCCACUCAGACAUAAAAAGGCCUUGUCUCAGGACCACGGACGGCCCCUUUCAAACUCCUCUAAGAGCCUCGCAGCAGUAGUGGCUCGCCUCGAGAGGAACGCAGCCAGCUCCUGUAUGGAGGGAGAGGAAGACCUGGAUGAGGACCGGCUGGGUGAAGAGGGAGAGGAUGCAGACGACGAAGAUGAAGAUAUGGAGGCAGAGCAUCAGCCUCAUCAGCCUCAUCAUCAUCCACCACAGCCGCAGCAGCUUCUGGAGGUGGAAACGGACUGUGUGUCUGCAGCGGUGGUUCCCAGAGUCCUGUACGAGGAGCUGGUGCUCAGCUACAGGCAGCAGGAGGAGGAGAUGAGGAGGCUGCAGCAGGAGCUGGAGAGGACCCGCAGGCAGCUAGUGCAGCAGGCCAAGAAGCUCAAGGAGUACGGCAGCUUGCUGACAGAAGUCAAAGAGCUGAGGGACUUCAACAGGAGGCUGCAGGACGUACUACUCAUGAGACUGGGCAGCGAGCCUAUGCAUGACAACGGCACUCAGACAAUCAAGGCUGAAGUUGUUGAACCCAUUGUUGAGGCGCAGGAGACGUGCCGAGAAGAAGCCAACACCAGCUCCAGCUACUCCCCCUCACCCAGAACAGUGUACACCUGCAACGAUGGGAAGGUACACCUUGGCGGAGGGAUCUGGGUGGAGGAGGAGAAGUGGCACCAGCUGCAGCGCACCCAGGGAGACUCCAAGUUCACAAAGAACCUGGCAGUCAUGAUCUGGGGAACAGAGACCCUGAAGAACCGCAGCGUCACGGGAGUGGCCACGAAGAAGAAGAAAGACGCGCUACCCAAACCCCCGCUGUCCCCGAGCAAACUGAAGAUCGUCAGAGAGUGUCUCUACGACCGAGUGUCUCAAGAGACCGCCGACAGUGCGGAGAUCACGCAACGAUUGUCCAAAGUGAACAAAUACAUUUGUGAAAAGAUCAUGGACAUCAACAAGUCCAUCAAGAACGAGGAGCGGCGGGAGUCCAAGCUGCUCAUCAGACAGACUGUGAAGGUGGAGAGCUUCACCUACGACGGGAUGUAGGGGGAUGUCACACUUUCAGGAGAUAUUUUUAUUUCACACGUUGGAUUAGUCGUUAUGAAACGUUAAAAGAAACCCCUUCAAAGCGCCCAGGUUUCAGACAGCUUUACCCCGCAGCGAGAGGUGUGUUGGAUCUGAGUGUUUUAUAAGCUUUACAGUGGGACUGGUACCGAGACAUGGUUCAUUAUCGUGUGCAUUUGUGUCAAACGGAGAGAUUAGAUGUAACUGUUAAAUUGAUUUAUUGUUCUGUGUCAGAACAUAGCUUUGAGUCCUUUAAACUUUUAAAAAGUAAGAGGUUUAUUUCCCUGGAUAUAGUAUAUGUGAUGCUAUGAAGAUGAUGAUGCUAGCAUGCGUUAGAACUUGUGGAUAUUUUGGUGACUACUGACGGGAUGCUGUUGGUACUUCCUGCAUACAAUGGGCCAUCAGGGUCUCAAAUGCACAAGUCUUAAUUGAAAACAGCCAUAUUGUAUUUUGCAACGGAGAUUCUGUUGCUCUAAGAGAUUAAUUAUAAGUGUGUGCGCCCCUCAGCUGUAGGUCCGUUUAUUAAAAAGACGACUUGCAGAGAUUAGAUGAUAGUAUCAGUCUAUAUUAGUUUUUUUACGUUUUAGGGUUUUGCAAUCAAUGAGGAAGGUUUGGGUGGGAUGUUGUUGUGUUAAUCUCACGAGUCACUUUGAGACGAUUUGACUGUUUAAUGAGUUGUAGCGGUACAGGCACGCUGAUGCCUAGAAAAGGCCUUAAAUGGAUUUGGCAAUCACCGGGGGCUGAUAUGCCUCUGGGUUUUCUAGUAAGCUGUGAUUGUAAAUGUAUAGCUGAAGCGACGAAGCUUCACCUGCACUUUGCUGUGAGAAUGUGAGAGGUGGCUGGCUACUAGGUACUAUUCACUGUGCGAUUCACACCGUUAGUUACGUGCUGCCUCCCCUCUUUAGUUAAAGGUCACCUAUUAUGCAAAAUCCACUUCUUCUACAUCAAUAUGUGUCCCCUCUGUGUAAAGAGACUCUGGACGUUUCAGGAACAAAGUUUCUCUGUAGAUGUUUGGGUUGUGUAACCGUUAGCCAAUCAGCAACCAAGGUUGCCCCCCCCCCCCACCUUAUCACCUGAAUCUCCUCCUAGAGCACCAUUGUGUUCUUUGUAACCAAACCUCUCUCAGAGGGGCUCCUUAUUUUCAGACAGAGAAUCAGCCCUUUUGAAACAGGGCUGAAACAGAGGGGAUUAUGGGAUGAUCUGUUUGGUGUUUCAGCCAAUCAGAGACAGGCUUUGGAUAUAUCUGAGACCUGUGAUAUAUUGAUGAGAACCAGUAUGACAGGGGACCUUUAAAGGAGAGGGGGCACGGCUCAGCUCAUAGUGACGUGGAAGCAGUGUUAGCUGAGGGUAAAGCUGUCUGAAGGACUAUCUGAAGGCUUGGUGAACCCCAUAAUAACCCUUCUCUCUUUUUAUAGCCAGGCCACUGGGGAACAAAGUUAAGGUCGCUCCAGUGACAGUUUCCGUCAGAACUUUGAAAAUGUCCUCGUAUUUUCUUCUUUCCUCUCUCCACUUGUUUUUAUUGUUUGGAUCCAAAAUGGUUUGUGUGGCCGUCUGCAGGCUGGAACUAAACGCUGCAGAUUGAAAUCUCAACUGUGACCCAUCUGUAGCUAACUGUGAAUCUGCUGCAGCGCUGCCCAUCAAGCCUUCUCCUCCUCUACUCGACACUCUCCUUCCGUUUAUUUCCGUCUAUCAUGUUGUCUGUCUCUGUUUUGGUUUUGUUCAAGAUCAGCCUUUUUGUUAAGCUACCUUUUUGUUCCGGAGGUAUUUUAGUGUACAUAUUCUAUUUUUUAAACAUGGAUAUUUCAGUUUCUAAUCAUCUUACAUAUUGUAGUUUUUAAGGUUCUGGUCAUGUGUUGGUUUCUCUGAUUGAUGUUGUUAUUCCAUGUUACCUGAUGUUUCUUUUUUAUAUAUAUUUUUCCAUAUGAAUUGUUGGCUUUAAGCUUGAUGUUGUAUCCAAAUGUAGAUCGGUAGGAAUCUACGAACAAAUGAAAAAUAUAUAUCUUAGCCAAAGUGAUCUCUGUGGCACAAGAGAGACAAAGCUUCCCUUAAACAGAGUCCAAUAUGUAAUUAUCCUCAUCAAUGAUCUGCCACAGAUGGAUGAGAACUGAUAUGGUUCAACCAUUGUACUCAAUUGAGAUUCAGUAGUUAGAUCUUACAUUGAAUGCACUUUAAACUUUUGGGCAAUUUCUCCAAUCUUAAAGAAAUGUACUUUCCUUUUUCUAAAUAUCUCUAUAGAUAAAGCCCAGCAAUCAUUGUAUUAUCAUAAAGCACCUUAGAGCAUUUUGGUUUUAUUGUUUUGAUGGCAAGAUGGGAUUCAGAUAUAACCCCGAUAUACCAAUGCUUCAAAACAAAAAGUAAUUAUACGACUUCUUCUCAAUAUUUAGUUACUGGAAGACUUAGUCGGGGUGUUAAGAAAACUAGAUUUCUACAAGUCAAACUGUGUUGAAACUUGAUUUUUUAAAACCCCAUCACGGCCUCGUGAACAAAAAAUGGCUUUCUCGACAAAAUUGACAAGCUACAGUCAAAGAUAUUAACCUCUGAAAUGUGCAAGCUGACUGGAAUGUGUGCUUUAACUUAAUGUGUGAAGAUGCUGGUGUUGCAUAGAUAUGACUUGUAUAGAGAUAAUUGUGUAUUUUUUACAAAUGAGUGGUGAUUGUAAGCCAAAGUAUUGAAUGCUGAGAUCAAGCUAAAGAAGGGGGGGGGUGCUGACGGAGGAAUCAGCAACGGUUUGCACAAAAGAUGUCCCAUGCCAAGGUGAUGGAGCCGAGUGAAUCUUAAGACACCAAAUUGGUGACAUUAUUUUUUUUUGUUCCUAAAAAAAACAACCCUUUCUUAUUUGUGUUCCCUGUACAAAGCAACAUGUGAGGUUUAUGUGCGCUUGCGUGUAUUUGAAAUACAUGCGGUUUAAAAGAAAAUAUUUCUGCUGUGCAACGCAACCAUGCUGAAACUCUGACACGUUGUGUUGUGUUUGUGUUUCUUUGUUGUUUGAUGCCAAAAGGGGGUGCGGUUUAAACAUAAUGCUUUAAGAUGGAGCAUUAAUAGAGCUCUGAAAUGCUAACUUCUGUUCAAAGGCUGGUUUCCUGGAGCGCGAUUAAGCCCUAAUCCUUUAACUAAAACCAUCUUUCGUGGAUGAAAGCCGUAUUGGACGUACUGUGUGUUUUAACCCAGAUUUGGCUUAAUCUGUGAUGGCAAGGCCAAUCUCUAGCACUUGCAGAGGAGCAGUUUGGGUUGUAGCAGCACAUUUAGUAACGUACACCAGUACACAACCUGGCACAGAGUUGAAUUGAUGAUUUAGGCUCUGAGACACACAUCACCUUCCAGUACUCUCACUGUCACACUCAAGUAGCGGUAGGAUAGGAGACGUAACCUCUCUGGCUCUGAUCCUCUUCCUGUGCCACCUCUCGUUCCUUACUCUCCUGUCAUUUAUACGGACUGGAUUUUAAAUGUAGUAUCAAGAUAAUCGCGAAAUCCUGUCCUCAUCUCUUGGCUUAUGUUGUGAACGCUUGUCAAAGCUUCAGAAGCUUUAUGUCGCUUUCUAAAUCGAGCGGGGCGAAAAUAAACUUCACUGUGUGAGACUAGAUAAACGGUGUGAUUUAGCAGUUUUCACAACUAAGUACACAAAACACAUUACCGUCUGAGCCUCAGAUACAAUGUCAAACUUACUUUAAAAGGAGUACACACAUUGUCAGGCCUAUAUUUUUCUUAAGGUAACUUUGUAUACAAUCCACAAACCGGUUCUACUUCAUCUAACUUCACCGUCCUACCUCAUUGUUACUCUGGUGUUUGUUUGUCAGUGACUGUAAAACUUUUUGUGGAUAUUAAAAAAUAAAAUAGGAAUAGCUAUACCUGGUUACUCUCAACAUGUACAGCAUAUAAAACACCUCAGUACACAAUAUCAUUCUUAGGAGAAAUCAGUUUUAUUACCUGCUUUAAGAUGCUGCUGAAGGGUGUCUGCGUGACGGGUCGUCUCCGAAUAUAUAUCUUUGCUGUGUCGUGCAGUUGAUCAGUGGUUGUGUUCUGUCUGUAUUGCAUUCUGAGAUUUGUACUGGUUGACGGUGCUACCAGCAAACAGUUCAAAAUCUGAUCUGUCUAUCGGACCUCAAAUUGUGCUGUUUUUAUCCUCAUACGGCUAUGUUUUAUUCAGGUGUGUCAACCGCUACUAUCGCCCUCAGCUAAUCAAAUUCAAAGCCAAAAUAUUUCGCUAAAUGAUAACCCUCGCUUUUACUGUAUCGACUAUAUGCUAUCCAUCCAAAUAUUGUAGAUAGUGAGUAUAUCCUCAGCUGAGAGUUUCAGAAGUACCUCAGAACUUGCUGGUUUUCAAUGGAUGCAUCUGCUUCUAGCACCUACCAAUACUACAUUGUUGUAUUUUCAGAAAUAUGCAUUUUUACUGGUUAGUUCAGGUUUCACUAUACAUAGGACACAUGAUUAUUAGAUUACCGACCAAUACAUUUGAAAGGAUACCACUGUUCACUGGUUGUUUGCCAGGUUGUCAUUAAAGGAAAUCUCAGUUGCAGUAGAAGAAGUCCUCAGAAAAACCUCGAUCUGUUUGAGUCAAUGUGAAGUUUUUACAGAAACUGGAUUCCAUUGGUAGUUCGACUAGGGUUAGAAAACAGAAAUAAUGCACAAACUACAGCCCCGUCUUGUUAAAAAAGUUGUUGAAUAUGUGUUAAAACAUCAAUGAGAGUCUUCAUGGAGAGUUUUUGGGGAGUUCCAGCAUCUUACCUUGAGUAUUAUUGGUUAUUUUGAGUAAACAACUGUAUCUUUUUGACUCUUUCUGAUGUACAAUCAACCAUAGUGUUGCAAUUAGUCCAUGAUUGGCUUACUAAAAUAAAAUAAAAUGCAUUAUAUUGUAUAUGUUACCCUGUGCAGCGACACCAAUGGAAUCCUUUCUGCGCCAAAGUGUUGGGGUUGCUCUACCUGUCCGUAUGUAUAUAUGUGUUUUUCUUUCUUCUUUUUUUGUUUUACGUUGACCAUGUCUGCGAACAUGUAAUGUGCUGGGCAACUCCUCUCUACUGUGAGCUAGUGUGUGUUCAAAAUACAAACCCUGUUGGUUUUCAUGGAAGCACUUAAGCCAUUCAUUGGACUGUUUCAUAAAAGGUUCAAUUCUCAGCUUUGCUCUGAUCCAGGGAAUUCGACCCAGAGAGUUUUGUGUGUAAUUGAAUUCCUAUGCAGGUGUUCGUAAAUCACCUGGUACCACAACUGGAGAGCGUUCACACCUCUGAAUGUGUCUGGGAUUGAAUCACAUGGGACAAUGGCGACAUGACAAAUCUAUACUGAACUAUUACUCACAUGUUCACACUCGUGGAGUUGAAUGAAACUGAGCUUUACAGGGCUGCUUGGGUUUAAACCUGUCUGUAGUGUAACUGCAUUAGUAGGGGGUUGAUUGCAAUGAUCAUUAGGGAAAUACAGGGUUAUUACUGUAUGGAGUAUUUCCAGUUGGUAUGAUAAUGUGAAAAGAAUUUCCAGACUGUUGCAGUAAACUCUCCCUCCCAGAGGCAAACCCUGCAUUUACAGAAGACGGUAGAGAUGUACACGUCUUUGCUAAACCGGCCACACCUCUGCUAUGCGAGCAACUCUGACGCUUAGCAUCCUGUUCUGUGUUUUUCUCUUGCUGCAUUCAGGAACACCUGUUUAAUGUAAAACAGAAAUAAAUCCAGACUUUUAUUCUA